GGGUUUUUCCCUGUCGUUAAGGCCAGGUGCAAUGGAGGGAGCCCUAGCGAGCGCUUCUUCAAUCGUGGACCAGAGGCAGAGGAUCGAACAGUACAAGCACAUCUUGGCCUCCGUCCUCACCUCCAACGACAUCGCCCAGGCCAAGAAGUUCAUCGAUCACAUGCUCUCCGAUGAUGUGCCGCUCGUGGUGUCGCGGCAGCUGCUGCAGAACUUCGCCCAGGAAUUGGGGGUUCUGGCCCCGGAGACGCAGAAGGAGAUUGCGCAUUACACGCUCGCCCAAAUACAGCCUAGAGUCGUUUCGUUUGAAGAGCAGGUACUAAUAAUUAGAGAGAAGCUUGCAGAAUUAUAUGAAUCAGAGCAACAAUGGUCAAAAGCAGCUCAAAUGCUUAGUGGCAUUGACCCAGCAAUGAGGAUGAUAGAUGAUACUUUCAGAUUGUCAAAAUGUGUCCAAAUUGCUCGCCUAUACCUUGAGGAUGACGAUGCUGUAAAUGCGGAAGCUUUCAUCAACAAAGCUUCGUUCCUAGUUAGCAAUAGUCAGCAUGAAGUUUUGAAUUUACAAUACAAGGUUUGUUAUGCAAGGAUUUUAGAUUCGAAGAGAAAGUUCUUAGAAGCCGCAUUGCGGUAUUAUGAUAUAUCUCAGAUUGAGAAGCGACAAAUAGGAGAUGAGUAUGUACAGUGAACAGUCUACUCGUCUU